AUGACUGAUCCAUUGAGUGUUAUAAGCGCUUCUGUUGGCCUUGGAACUUUCGCUUUCCAAUCAGCCAAGACCCUCAGCGACCUGAUCAAAAGCUUCCACGGCUACCCCGAUACCGUCAAACAUCUCCAAACAGAGCUACAUGGUCUUGUGGUGGUCCUCGAGCGUGUCCAAAACAUCACUUGUGAUGACAAAGUCCGUGCAGAACUCGACCCUAUCCUGAAGGCGUGUGACAUGACUUGUUCGGGGCUUCAAGCCGUGAUCAAAAAAUGCACGUCGCGUUCCGGAGGGCGUCAGCCGAAUCUCCAAGAUUGGAUGAGAAUGAAAUUCCUUGGGGGCGACAUCAAUGAAUUCAAAGAGACCCUAGCAGGGUAUAAAAGCACAAUCACCAUUAUCAUCACGAGUAUAAGCAUUGAUCUGGCGCAAAUGAACCUGCAUCAACUAGCAGACUACCAGAGCGCGAUUGCCAAAACGAUGGCUCGUCUUUCAGCCCAACUUCAGAAUGUUGGCCAACGAUCUCCGAUACAGCUAGAGGAUCAAGGACAAAUCAAGGAGCUGGAAGAUGCAAUUCUUCAGUGUAUCCAGGCUUGUCGGAAAGCUGGAAGCAGCAUUGACCGAGUUCGACGGGAAUCCCUUGGCGAAGUGACACGCGGGCGAAAGAAAAACAUCGCAGCUCGCAAGGUACAGCAGAAGACAGACGAGGAUCUUCAGCAUGUUCAGUCAUUCCUCUCCAGCAGCGAGAUCAGGCUCUUGGAGAUGAAAGAGCAGGAACUGGUCCGACAGCAACAACAACAGCUGGAAGAGCGAAGAUGUUGGCUUGAUCACUGUAGGUCGAUCUUGGAGGCGAGACAGGAGGAAGCGCAGCAAGAAAGGGCCCACAGGUUUGAAAAUAUUUCUUCUCAAGACCAAUCCCUUCAGAUCGUCAUAUCUACCACGCAGAAUACGGUCUCGGCUAAGAACGUCAACGCCGCGACUCAAAGCUCUCAAAUAAUGGGUGACUGUCCAAGUUCAACAGUGGAAAGACUCAUUGAGAAUCACGGUUCUCGCCGGGAAAAAAGUCCUUCGGUUCCAUCCAGAAAGGCUUUUAGAUUUUUCGGACGGACAAGCAAAAAGGCACCUGGUCAUUCUUAG